AUGCCAGAUUUGAAUCAAAAGCAAGCUCUAUUCCGAUCCGCAUCGGCAACCAUUUACUUGUGCAAUUCCUUGCGAAGUAUAUUGUAUGCCUUGCAAGGAUUCCCAGCCCCCAAUUUCUUUCGUUUGGUGAUUGGUGCUGGAAUGAUUGUGAUCAACAUGGCCAUGGUCUUUGUCUAUACCGGACGACCACCCAUGGCCAUGACGUACGUCGAACAGGUCAAAUUUCCAGUCAUUCCUGGUGUAUUGGGAGAAGGUGAAACCUUGUUUACCUACAAGGGUCGUUGCGUCGUGGAUGGGAUCACCAUUUUUUGUUUGUGGGUUUUCAUGGGAUCGCACUUUUUGGGAUUUGUCACGGCCGCCCUGUUGGGUGCCGCCACGGCCUUCAAAACCAUGCAACCCGACCUGUUCACGGAAUUGUUUCGGGAAACGGGUGAUGGUGGUGGCAACUACCAAUCCGUCGAUAACAUGAUUUAG